AGUGGGUUUUUCCUUUUGAAAGCUGCAUUGUAAUUAUCACCCUAAGCCAAGGAUAUCACCCCACAUUUCUGAUGCUUUUUCCUGUUAAAGUUGAAUGGGCAUCUACUCAUCUUCACUCACUCCUCCCACAAACCAAGCAAUUUAUUCUAAUAGAAGAAAAUAAUGGAUGUGCAUACUUGUCAACAUCAAAACAACAAACAUCGACCUAUUCCUCUUAUAUAUAUGCAACAUUGUGGGUUCCUGAGUGGCACAAGAUGGACAUCUCGAAAGCUGAGAAAUUAGAGAGCCAAAAUGAGCUUCCACAGCCACAGCAACAAGGCAGAGGCACAAGCUUCCUUAGAACUUGUUUCAAUGGGCUCAAUGCCUUAUCAGGCGUAGGAAUACUGUCAAUUCCAUAUGCACUUGCUCAAGGCGGAUGGUUAAGCUUAUUGCUUCUUGUCCUGGUAGCUGUUCUCUGUUGGUACACUGGACUACUUCUUCAACGCUGCAUGGAUUUGAAUCCCCUCAUCAAAACCUAUCCGGAUAUUGGUGAGCAUGCUUUUGGAUACAAAGGGAGAGCUAUUGUAUCGCUGUUCAUGUAUCUUGAGCUGUACCUGGUUGCAGUUGAGUUUCUGAUAUUAGAAGGUGACAAUCUAGACAAGCUGUUUCCAAACAUGGGGUUCAAAGUUGCCGGUCUGAAAAUUGGAGGAAGGCAAGCCUUUGUUCUACUGACUUCCCUCGUGGUUCUUCCAACUACAUGGUUGAAGAGUUUGGGUAUGCUUGCCUAUGUUUCUGCAGGUGGGGUUUUGGCUUCUUUUAUCCUUGUUGUUUGCAUCUUUUGGGUUGGAGCAGUGGACGGAGUGGGGUUUCAUGAAAGCAAUGUACUUUUGAAUUGGAGAGGAAUGCCUAUUGCUAUAAGCAUGUUUACCUUCUGUUAUUGUGGGCAUUCAGUUUUCCCCACAUUAUGCAGCUCAAUGAGAGACAGAAGCCGGUUCUCUAAUGUUUUAUUUGUCUGCUUCAUCACAAGCACCAUCAACUAUGUAUCAAUGGCUGUUCUAGGCUACCUGAUGUACGGAGAACAUUUGAAGUCUCAAGUGACAUUAAACCUCCCUAUCAAAACGAUCAGCACAAAAAUAGCAAUCUAUACAACUGUAAUCAAUCCCCUCACAAAAUAUGCUAUCAUAACUGCUCCAAUUACUACAGCCAUUGAAGAAAAAUCACUCUUCGGCAACAGCAGGUCUCUAAGCAUCAUCAUUAGAACAGCUCUUGUGAUCAGCACUGUCAUUGUUGCCUUAACCGUCCCAUUUUUCGGCUACAUUAUGGCAUUCAUCGGAUCGUUCUUGAGUGUCACCUCCUCGAUAUUACUGCCAUGCCUGUGCUACCUUAAAACUAACAAAACUGCUCAAAAAUUUGGGUUCGAGUUGGUAAUAAUUGUUACCAUUUUGGUGGCCGGGUCUUUUAUAGGUGUAGUGGGAACCUUCACUUCCAUAAAGCAAAUUGUUAGCCAUCUAUGAAUCAUUUGAAGUGGAUAGUAACCCAAGCUAUUUAUCGGUAAGAUGAGAGAUAUAAGAACAAAAGUCAGAUAAGUAAUACUAUAUGUAUAUGGGUCAAGAAAGAUCAAUCCUUGCUAGGAGUAUAUGCAAUAAGCAAUCAGACAAGCAGAACAUUUAUGUCUGAUAUUAACAAAGCUGCUCAAAACUUGGGGUUCUUGCUGAUAAUACUUGUUGGGAUUUUGGUAGCUGCCUCAUUCAUAGCAGAAAUAAAUGUAUACAAGGAGAUGUUGCAACAACAAUCCUUGAAAGAAAGUUAAGAUAGGAAAAACAUGUAUCUGAGUUUCAUUCCAUCCAGUUUUGUGGAGAUCAAGCUUCAGCAGAUAUAAAAGGGGGAAAAGCGCAUAAUUAGUUAUC